UUUUAUUCUGAGCGGAUACCCAUUGCAAAUUGGGACAUUAAUGGUUAAAUUGAACGUAUCAAAUCAUCUAGGAAGCUUCUAUUUAAGUCUCAUCAUAGGCUGAUACCAUUUUGUUCCACCAUUAAGAUCCUUAUACUACUCUUUAGUAUUUGUACUGCCUUUUAGCAUUUCUAUUCAAUUGGGCAAUAGCUCUUGUGAUAACAUGGAGCAGAAUCUGAAAGAUGUGAUGAGAGGCCUAAAGGAACGCCAGUGUUGCAUUCAAAUGGCAGAAAUGAUAUCUGGCAGACUGGAUAAAGAGGCGGAUGUAGUACAGUCGGCUCACACCUGGACAGAAAGCCAAAUCCAUAACGCUCUCAAACAAACCCUCGAAAUACCAUUCAACUCAUUUGUGAGUGUUAGAGAGCGGUUGUUGUCACAAAUCGUGGCAUGGGAUGCGAUUAUCGAGGGAAGAAGACAAUUUAGUGGAGUAGGAUGGCGCCAAGAGGAAUUACCUCAUGGGUUGGCCCCAAAGCAAUUUUUAUUGCUAUUCUUUGCCAUCCAGUAUCGCUCCGCGCUAGGUAUCACUCUAGCUACGCCAUCAAUGAGCAUCAAACGAAGCAUCGAGUACGACGAGGAAAGGAGGGUGAAGUGGGCGAAGUUUGGGAGUCCAUGGAACCAUAGAGGAGCAGAAGAAGCUGCCAGGGAAGGUGACGGGCCAAUGUCCAAGGAUUGGUCGAGCUCUGGGGCAAGCCCUUUUGCAAAGGACCCCGCACAACUUGCAUUAGAACAAGAUGCUAGGGAAGCUGCUGAGGAAGCUGCCAUGAAAGCUGCCAGAGAAGCUGCUAGGAAAGAAGCCGAGCUAAAGGAGAAGAUUUGGUCAACCUCUGGGGCAAGCGUCUCUGCUGAGGAACACGCGAAAAUUGCACCAGAAGAAGCUGCCAAGGAGGAAGCCAACGUGAACAGUGUGAAGCUCGGGGAGCCACGAACCGAUACCACACCUGGAAAAUUGCAACAAGAGAUGGAGUAGCCGAGGGCAAAUUGGUGGCGGAGAAACCCUAACAAAGAUUUGAUGAGACACUUGUAUUUCUGACUAGAUUGAGCAAUUUCGAAUGUUAUUAUUGUACUAAAUGGUUCCGAACUGUCGGGUCGUCAAUCAUGGGAGUCCAUGCGGGCCGAUCGUACAAAAGGGUUUAGUGACCCUCUUUUCAAC